AUGCAGAGAGAGAAGCUCUGCAGAGCACUGCCUACCCCGAGGUAGACCUUCUGCCAGAAGCAUGGCCUGAUGUUCGAGGUCGUUGAUCUGAGGUGGGGUGUUCGCAACACAGAAGCCACUGAGCACAUGACCAUGGAACUCUGCUUGGAGGAGCUCGACCGGUGUCGGCAAACAUCCGUAGGGCCGGCUUUUGUUGCCCUCGUAGGUGACCAGUACGGCCCCUGUCUGGUCCCCACGCUGAUCGAGGAGAAGGAGUGGGAGGCACUGAAGGCUCAGCUGACCGCCAGGCCACGUGACCUGGAGCUGGUGGCCCGACGCUUCUGGAGGGACGAGAACUCCAUGCCUCCGACCUACCUGCUGCAGGGCCCAGGCUCCGGGGAGGCCCGUGGGCUGGAGGAGGCCACGCUGAUCUCGGUGCUGCGCUCGGGAGCCCAGGAGGCCCGGAGGCUGGGCCUCAUCACUCUGGAGCAGUGGCAUCGCUACCACCGGUCAGUCAUCGAGUGGGAGAUAGAACGGGGCCUGCUGAGCUCCGUGGAUGGGGGCCAGGGGGCCACUGUCUUCCUGAGAGAGAUCCAAGACCUCAACAAACACAUCCUGGAAGACUGUACCCUCAAGAUGGUGGACCGGCGCGCAGAUGGCUGCCUGGACACAGACGCCCAGCACCUCCUCAGCAGCCUCAAGGGGCGCAUUGCCGACACACAGCCUGAAGUCCUCAAGGCCCACCACCUGCCCUGGAGCCGCGACCUGGUGAACCCCAAAAACAAGGCUCAUGCCCGGUACCUGAAGGAGCUGGGCGAACAGUUUGUGGCCAGGGCUAACCACCAGGUCCUCGAACGCCUCCAGGAGCUGGAGGCGGGCAGGCAGGAGUUGGCGUGGCUCUACCAGGAGAUCCGCCACCACCUGGGGCUGAGCACCGAGGCCACCCGGACCUUCUGUGGGCGCCAGGAGCUCCUGAGCCGGCUAGGACAGCGGCUGCGGCAGAGCGACGGCCACCCCCACACGGCCCUGGUGCUUUUUGGAGCCCCAGGCAUCGGAAAGACGGCUCUGAUGUGCCAGCUGGCCCAGCAAAUGCCGGGGCUGCUUGGCCGCAAGACAGUGACUGUCCUGCGGCUGCUGGGGACAUCGCAGGUGAGCUCUGAUGCCCACGGCCUGCUCCAGAGCAUCUGCCUCCAGGUGUGCCUGGCCUAUGGGCUGCCCCUGCCCCCUGCCCAAGUCCUGGAGGCCCACUCCAGGGUGGUCCAGUUCUUCCACACCCUCCUCCACACCAUCUCCAGCCGAAACUUCGAGUCCCUCGUGAUCCUGCUGGAUUCUGUGGAUGACGUGCACUCUGUCCACCGUGCUCGGAGGGUGCCCUGGCUGCCUCCUAACUGCCCCCCCAGGGUCCACCUCGUCUUCUCCGCCUGCUCAGGGCAGCAGGGGGUUUUACACACCAUGCGGCAGAUGCUGCCAGAUCCAGAGGCCUACUGGGAGGUGAAAGCCCUCUCUGGAAACCACGGGCAGGAGAUGGUCCGGCUCCUGCUGGCAGCCUCCAGGAGGACCCUGAGCCCGGCACAGAGGGACCUGCUCUGGGCCAGCCUCCCGGAGUGUGGGCACCCGGGGCGGCUGAGGCUGGCCUUCGAGGAGGCCAGGAAGUGGGCGUCGUUCACCGUGCCCACGCCUCUGGCCUCCACGGCUAAGGAAGCAGUGCAGCAGCUGUGUGCCCGCCUGGAGCAGACGCACGGGCAGCUCCUGGUGGCCCAUGUGCUGGGCUACAUCGUGUCUUCCCGGCACGGGCUCUCAGAGGCAGAGCUGAAGGACAUCCUGUCCUUGGAUGACGAGGUCCUGCAGGCCGUGUACUGGGACUGGACCCCACCCAGCAAGGAGCUGCUGCGUUUCCCACCCCUGCUGUGGGUGAGGCUUCGUCAAGAUCUGGGCGCCUGCUUGGCCAGGCGGCCGGUGGAUGGCUUCACUCUCCUGGCCGUUGCCCACAGACAGCUGGCCGAGGUGGUCCAAGAGCGCUACCUGUCCGGCCCCGAGAGAGCCAAGAGACAUGGAGUCUUGGCUGACUUCUUCUCAGGGGCCUGGAGCCAGGGCACCAAGAAACUCAUCACCCUGCCGCUCGUGGGGAAGCCCUUGAACCUGGACCGCAAGGUGGCCCCUCAGCCCCUGUGGUUCUCAGACACGGCUGCGAAUGUGCGCAAGCUGAAGGAGUUGCCCCACCACCUGCUCCAUGCGGGCCGCACCGAGGAGCUGAUGCGGGAGGUGCUGGGCAGCAUGAACUGGAUUUCCUGCAGAGUCAUCUCCGGGGGCAUCGAAGGGCUGUUGAUCGACUUUGACCUGUGUGCCCCUCACGUGGAGUGUCCCGAGCUUAGCCUGGUCCGCGAAGCCCUGCAGCUGUGCCGCCCAGCCCUGGAGCUCCGAGGCGUGGAGAAAAGCAUCCUGUAUACAGAACUCCUGGCCAGACUUCAUUUCUUUGCCACCUCGCAUCCGGCACUGGUGGGACAGCUGUGCCAACAGGCCCAGAGCUGGUUCCGGGUGUACCCACACCCUGUGCUGGUGCCCCUUGGAGGAUUCCUCCAGCCCCCGGGAGGACCCCUCCGGGCGACCCUCACCGGCUGUCACAAAGGCAUCACUGCCAUGGCGUGGAGCCUGGAGGAGAAGCUGCUGCUGGUUGGCACCCAGGAUGGCGUGGUGGCUGUGUGGGACAUGGAACAGCAGCAGGUGACCCACGUCCUACCUGGACACACAGGAGAGGUGAGGUGCGUGCAAGUGUUGGCCAAAGGGACGUUCGCCGUCUCCACCUCGAAGGACCACACGCUGCGCUUGUGGAAUUUACUCUCUGGCAGGGAGAAAUUCACCAUUUGGGAUGGAGGCUCAAAAAAUCCCACUGAACACCAGAUCUGGAGACUUCAUGUGGAUGAAGUAAAGAAGGUUGUGUAUUCUGCAUCUGGCUCAAAGGUCACUGCUUGGAACCUGGACACUGCAGAGCCAGUCUUCCAUAUCCCAGGCGAUGCCUCCGACCCCUGGGUGUGCACGGCAUCACUGGCUGCCCAGGCCACACUGCUGACGGUGUCCAAGGCCGGCGUGGUCAGUGUGUGGAGCUCAGCCACGGGAAAGCUGCAGAGGAAACAAUAUUUGUCCAGCAUCACAGAGGAAACAGCCACCUGUGGGGUGUCGGUCCAGAAGCAAGGGAAGAUGGUAACUGGAUUCAGCAAGGGCUCCCUCUCUUUGGUUUCCUCCGAAGGAGACAUUCUGUUGGAGAAGCUUCCAGAUGCGGUGGGGUUCCUGGUGGUCUCUGAAGACGAGUCCCUUCUUGCAGCAGGCUUUGGGAGAUCCGUGCGGGUAUUCUUGGCCGACUCACGGGGCUUUCACCGGUUCAUGGCCACUGACCUCGAACACGAGGACACAGUGGAGACAGCCGUUUUUGGUCCUGAGAACAAUGUGAUUGUCACCGGGUCCCGGGACGCACUCAUUCAGGUGUGGAGUCUGUCAGAGCAGGGGACCCUGUUGGACAUCCUGGAAGGUGUCGGGGCCCCCGUGAGCCUGCUGGCCCGGGGUGGGGCCUUGGUGGCAUCUGCUUCCCAGCAGUCCUCGUCUUUUAAAGUCUGGGAUCUCAGCUACACUCAGAAGCCGCGGGUCUCUACCCCGUUUCUGGACCGCACCGGCCUCACUGCGGUGUCACACAAUGGAGGCUACGUUUACUUCCCCAAAAUUGGGGACAAAAACAAAGUCACCAUUUGGGACUUAGCAGAAGGUGAGGAACAAGAUGCCCUGGACACGUCCAGUGAGGUCAGGUGUCUGGAGGUCGCCGAGCAAGCCAAGCUCCUUUUCACCGGCCUCAGUUCCGGGACCGUCCUGGUGUUCCCCCUGGAUUCCAGGCGGGAUGUGAUGUGCAUCCCCCCUCCGGAGGCCCGGAGAGCCGUCAACUGCAUGGCCCUGAGUAAGGGUGAGGAGCGCCUGGCCAUCGCCUAUGACAGCAUCGUCCUGGUGCUGGACCUCAGCCCUGGGGACCCCUGUCCCGUCAUCGACGGGCCAACCUACACCUUCCAUGCCCAGCUGCCUGAGACCAUAUCCAGCGUGGCCGUGCUGGCCGACUCCCGCGUGAUCUACGGCACGACCAACGGCGGCCUCUUCCUUUAUGAGUGUGCGAAUUCCCAAGUGUUCCCUCUGGAGGCCCACGGGAGCCAGGUCACCUGCGUGGAGGUCAGCCAUCACGGGCAGCUGGCGGUCAGCGGCUCCGAGGAAGCCCUGCUGUGUCUCUGGGACCUGCAGGCCUGCAAGUGGAAAUUCGAGCUGAGCGACACGAAUUCUUACUGUCGAGGAGUCCAGUGCGCUUGCUUCUCCAAGGACGACAAGUCUGUGUAUGCCGGCCUGAAGGACCGCUCCAUAAUCGUCUGGAGUGUGCUGGACGGCACUCUGCUGGCUGCCCAGUUUGUCCAUGCUGUGGUAAACAGAAUCAUCCCAACUCCCAAUGGCUUCAUUGCCCCCACCAGGCAUGGCUAUCUUAUCCGUGAGCGAUUCCAGUGCCCUUCGUCAAGAGCCUCGCAGCAGGACCCUCUCAAGAACUUCAAGAAGGCAGUGUGGAUGGUCAAAUCCAGGCAGAGAGAAGAGCUGGCGGCUGCUGCAGGAGCACUCCAGGACUCGGGAUCAGGAAGAGCCCCGGGAAAUGAAUCCAAAUCAAACAAACGCUCACAAGUCUGCUUGAUAGUGUAGAAAUCCCCCAUGGGGCAGGGGCUCCGGGGAGUUAGCCCCAUUCAAUCUGGCUGA